AUGACUUCUGCUACCGAGGAGCUGCGACAACACGAACAGCAGCAGACCACAAGUACCAGUACGGACGCCACUAUUACGGCGCUUUCGUUGCCGCUCGGGAGAACGUUGAGGAAAGUGGCUUCCCUUUCUGUGAAGACCACCAGGAACAGUUCAAGGUACGAGAGGGAUGGGGAGUUUGCGUUGGAAAUUUUGUGCGAGGCUGUGGAGUUGACGAGACCGUGGUUGAGAAUAGUCGAGAAGGAAUUGGAGAGACUGGGAUUGGACGUGGAAGAGGAACGAGGGCGUAGAAGCGGAAAAUCGAGGAGCGGUGGUGGUGGUGGUGAUGAUGGGCUGCUCGCUGUUGUGCCGGGCGUUGCUAACAGCUUCCUGAAGCUUCUGAGGUCCAGCAGUAAGGGCGGCGAUGGGAGGAAGGUGAGCCUGUUGAGGGACAUGUAUGCCUCUGUGCAUACGAAUCUCCUGAGUGCCGAGGAGAAAGUCGCGAGGUUGGAAAGAGAAGUCGCUUCGAAGCGGAGGAAACGACGCAAACGCAGGGCCGUUCGUGCUGCAGACUCCGACGGAGAAGAAGGACGUUCUGGAGUAUCACAGUCCCAGGGAGAAGAAAAGGCUGAGCGUGCUCCAUCUACAAUCUCGAAGCGGAGAAGAGACUUGGCCGCGGAUGCCGCAGACGCGAAUGCAGGCGAGGCGGAUCAUGAGUCUCCAUCGAGAGUAGACUCGGAAAUCGCUGCGAGUGCUGCCGCUGUUCCUCCCUCUGCAACUUCAAUUGACUCGAGCGUGAAAAGAUUGCCGCGUAGCGACUCGCUGGAAGCGCAGAUGACAGUGGGCGACAAAAGGUCGAGAAGAUCGAGGACCGCCUCGAUCCGGCCUGGCGGGAGCGCUGCAACUCAUCAAGCUCGAGUUGACGACGUCCAUGGUCCAGCAAUUGCGGCCUCCACCAAAGCUUCCGAUGCGCGCUCAAGAGAUCAAACUGGAAGCACCAAGAGCAGAAAGGGAGACAGCUCUCGCGGAAGCCCAAGGUCAACUAAAUCGAAAGGAAGUAGAGCAAAACAUAGGCCUGGUGCAGCGUCCGAAAGUCGAAGUCAUGGACCACCGGAGAUGGUAUUGCCGAACAUAGGAGAGGUCAUGGCCAAGGGUAGCGAGAAUCGAUCCAGAGAGUCCAGAACUGAUCGCAAGUCGGCAGGCGGGGCGCGGAGUAGAAGUAUUUCCCGUGAGCACGGCUCUCUGGAGGGAGGAGCAGCCGCCUCCACGUAUGGGGAUCUAGAAGAGGAAAGGUUACCCAUGCCUAGUCCGUCUUCAUCGCCAUUGCACGAUGACGUUCAAAGUCAUUCAUAUUCAGCAAUUGGCAAUCGCAGCGCUUCGAGAGGAGGCAAGGAAGCUGAUGUUGAAUACGAAAGGUGCUCUCCUAGUGAGCUCUCGUCAAUGCUCAAGGCGAAGAAUCUUGGGAGACAUGGAGGUUCUCCGUCAGCAGCUAGCUGUAACUGCCGGCAUAGUUCUAAUACAACAACCAACUCUAUUCGGGGCUCCAGCGCGUCUCCCUCAAAGCAAUCACGUAGGUCGGUUCCUGGCAGUUCACCCUCUAGGGGGCCACAGGAGCACCUGACGCCGAAGACUUCUGUCUCAGCUGCUCCACAGAAGUCGAAGACGGCCUCACAGAAAUCGGCAAGCGACAAGAACUCCAGACAGUCCAGUGUGGUAUCCAGAGGAAGGUCGCGUACUAG